UGGUAACGUGGUCUGAACCAUUACUGGGCAGCGGUGGGAUUGAGUUGUGUUGAUGGGAGACUUGAUGAGAGGCUUAGAUGGGGUAGACAGUCAGGACAUUUUUCCCAGGGAGAUACAAGAAUAACAUUUAAAAUACUUUUGGAUAGGCACAUCAACAUGCAGGGAUUGGAGGGAUAUGGAUUAUGGCAGAUAUAGGUGAUUUUGGCAUCAUGUUUGGCAUGUUCUUCGUGGGCUGAAGGGCCUGUUCUUGUGCUGUACUGCUCUAUGUUCUAUGUUUUAUCUCCACACUCCUAGACCUAGGAGUCAGCUCCCCUAGUUAAUGUUAAUUUGACAUUGAUAAUUGUAAAUUGUCCCUAAUAUGUAGAAUAGCACUAGUGUAUGGGGAUUGCUGGUCGGCGUGGAGUUGGUGGAGUUGAAUGGCCUGUUUCCACGCUGCUUUUCUAAAGACUUAGACUAAACUCAGUGACAUAGUGUCAGGACAGCAACAUUUCCCUCAAUGUCCACCAAAUGAAGGAACUAGUUAUUGACUUCAAGAAAUGUGGUGGUGAUCACGCUCUAAUCAGCAGAUGGGGAAACGGAUGACAGCUUCAAGUUCGUCACCAUUAACAUUACCAGAGGUCUGUCGUGGAACAACCACAUUGAUGCAACAGCCAAGAAGGCAUACCAAUGUCUCCACUUCCUCAGGAGGCUGAGGAAAUUUGUCAUAUCCCCGAUGAUUCUUGCAAACUUCUAUAGUUGCACCAUAGAAAGCACACUGGUUGCAACACAGCUUGGUUUUUGGAACAGCUCUGUCGAAGACUGCAAGUAAUUGGAGUGUCGCGGAUGUAGUCCAGUCUAUCACACAGAUCAGACUUCCCACCAUUGACUCCAACUACACUCCAUGCCACCGUAGAAUAACAGCCAACAUAAUCAAAGACUUGUCCCACCAUGCUCAUUCCUUCUUCUUCCUCCUCCCACCCAGCAUAAGGUACACGAGUCUAAUGUCUGCAAAGGGGUAGAGGUGAAUCAGACAGUAGCCUAGUUUAUAGAAGGAGCCUGAUAACAAGAACUAUGCUGUUCCUUAGUCUGGUGGUGCAUGCUUUCAAGCUUCCGUGCCUUCUGCCAGACAGGAGCAGGGAGAAUCUGUCUUAUGAAGAAAGACUGGAUGGACUUGGUUUAUACUCUCUAGAAUUUAGGAGAUUGAGAGGGGAUCUUAUAGAAACUUACAAAAUUCUUAAGGGUUUGGACAGGCUAGAUGCAGGAAGAUUGUUCCCGAUGUUAGGGAAGUCCAGGACAAGGGGUCACAGCUUAAGGAUAAGGGGGAAAUCCUUUAAAACCGAGAUGAGAAGAACAUUUUUUCACACAGAGAAUGGUGAAUCUCUGGAACUCUCUGCCACAGAGGGUAGUUGAGGCCAGUUCAUUGGCUAUAUUUAAGAGGGAGUUAGAUGUGGCCCUUGUGGCUAAGGGGAUCAGGGGGUAUGGAGAGAAGGCAGGUACGGGAUACUGAGUUGGAUGAUUAGCCAUGAUCAUAUUGAAUGGCGGUGCAGGCUCGAAGGGCCGAAUGGCCUACUCCUGCACCUAAUUUCUAUGUUUCUAUGUUUCUAAUAAAGAAUGACUGGGGUGGGGCUGGUCGUUGAUUAUGUUGGCUGUAUUUCCGAGGUAGCGUGAAGUGGAGAUGGAGUCAAUGGUGGGAAGUCUGGUCUAAGUGAUGCACUGGGCUACAUCCACAACUCCCUGUAAAGCAUGAGGAAGUUGUGUGCCGUGUUUGUCAUCUGGGGUCCCUGACCUUGGCAAUGACUCGAGGGGGCUGCUCCUCAAACUGUGGCUACAUUUCAGUCGAAUGCCUGUCCCUCUUCCAGGCUUGCGUCCAUGCCCACGUGUCCCUGGAGAGGGAACUUGCAGUGUCCACGUGGACUCUGGAGAGAGAACACGUGGUGUCUACGUGGACUCUGGAGGUCUUCCAUUAAUGUGGAUAAGGAAGACAAUGUUGUCAUUUGUUGAUUGAUUGAUUGAUUGAUUGAUUGAUUGAUGUCUGCAAACUGCUACUUGGCAGUAUUGAUCUUUCCACUACUUUUUAAAUGUGAUUAUGGAAUAAAAUAUCCUUGUCAGGGAAAGAAAGAAAAGUCCCUCACGAGUAGGAAGGCUAUGUUGCAGCUCUAUAAGACAUUGGUGAGGCCACAUUUCGAGUACCAGUUUUGGGAACCAUGUUAUCGGAAAGAUGUUGUUAAGCUGGAAAGGGUUCAGAGAAGAUUUAUGACGAUGCUGCUGGGGCUUGAGGGACUGAACUACAGGGAGAGGUUGAGCUGGAGAGUGCUUUAUCCCUCAGAGCGCUAGGUGAUGAAGGGUGAUCUUCUGGAGGUGUACAAAAUCAGGAGAGGAAUAGAUCGGGUAAACACAGUUUUCCUCAGAGUAGGGGAAUCGUGAACCAGAGGACAUAGGUUUAAGGUGAGGAGGGGAAAGAUUUAAUAGGAACCUGAGGGGUAAAGUUUUUACAAAAAGAGUGAUGGGUGCAUGGAACAAGCUGCCCGAGGAGGUAGGUAGUAUAAUGUUUAAGAGACAUUUGGACAGGUACAUGGAUAGGACAGGUUUAGAAUGAUAUGGGCCAAAUGCAGGCAGGUGGGACUAGUGUAGAUGGGGCAUGUUGGUCGGUGUGAGCAAGUUGCCCUGUUUCUGUGCUGUAUGACUCUAUUCAAGUUUCAAGACUCUCCUGAACUUUUUGACAAAAUAUUAACAAAAUAUAUUAAUGGUGUUUUUGCUUAGUGCCAGAAUGCCUCGUGUCCUAUUGAUCUUCAUGCUGACGUUAUCGGCUGGCAUUGACUGGAAUGCAAUCAAUGGUGAAGCUGGUGAAUGCACGGACUGGGGAGUGGACAUCAGCGGAGCGGUGAAGGGCUUUGACGGGGAGCCGGCGAGGCUGAGAUGUCCUCUUGUCAAGUCAAACUACAGCCUGGGCCGUGGGUCGGCCCUAACGCUGUCAUGGUACAAAACCGGACCGGGCGACAACCGGCAAGAGUCGGCAGACUUUCGCCAGAACAACCAGCGGGUGUCAGAAGAGGUGGAGAGGCUGUGGUUUUGGCCAGCCUUUGCCAACGACUCCGGAAACUACGCUUGCAUGUUGAGGAACGCCACACUUUGUCUCAAGGUCUCGGUGUCACUACUCGUUAUCGAGAAGAAACGGGGCAAAUGUGUCAACAACGAGGAGAUGGUCUUCCCCGUGGAUCUAGCUCUCGGUGAGAUGAGGAACUUCACAUGCCCAGACACCAGCGGCUUCUCACAAGCAAUAGCCAGCCCAUCAACUGCUUGGUACAAGGGCUGCGACAAAAUUAGGAGUGGCGGCUCUCCAAUAGAUGUUAUUGAGGGAAGGCUGACAUUCAACAUCGUCAGACAACAUUGUGCAGGGAACUACACUUGUGUCGUCAAUGUGGCUCGAAGAGGCCAGAAUUUCACCCUGACCAGGACCUUCCAUGUCACCAUCAUAGCGAACCAACUGACGCCAAGCCCACCGGUUUUGGUGCAGCCCAAAGCAGACCUCCAGGUGGAAGUGGAAUAUGGUCAAGAAGUUAAUAUAACCUGCAAGGCAUUCUUCCACUAUAUCAUUGGGUCCAACACAAGUGUUUGGUGGUUCAUCGAUGGGAGACGUGCUCAGGAAUUUGGCCCAACAAUCCAAGUGUUUAGCAGUGAAGAACGGGUGGUUCUCAAGGACAAGAAGAUCACAAGCGUGCUGAGUAUCAGAGCCGUCUCUGCCGCUGACAUCCACAGGAAUUACAGCUGCUCGGCCCAAAACAGCAAAGGACUGCGCACUGCCCGGGUGUUUUUGGUGAAGAAAGCUUCUGGUUAUGCCGUUGAGCUUGGCAGUGGAUUGGGAGUUACACUGCUGAUAGUUCUCACGUCUGUCACCGUGUACUACGUGUGGAGGUUUGAGAUCAUUCUCUUCUACCGGCUUCACUUUGGGUCGGAUGAGACCCUCGGAGAUGGGAAGGAGUACGAUGCCUAUGUGUCGUACGCGAGGAGUGCCGAAGAGGAAGAGUUUGUGCUGACGACGCUUCGAUCCGUACUGGAGAAUGAGUACGGAUACAAAGUCUGUAUCUUUGACCGGGACAGCUUACCUGGUGGAGUCAUCACAGAUGAGACGCUGUCGUGCAUCUGGAAGAGCCGCCGCCUGGUGGUGGUGCUGAGCCCCAACUACAUGGUCCAUGGCACCCAGGCUCUGCUGGAGCUGAAGGUGGGCACGGAACGCAUGGUGAGCAGCGGGCAAUUCCGGGUCAUCCUGGUGGAGUUGCGGCCGGUGAGGAAGGCCGGACGAGUGGCUGAGCUCAAGCGGCUGAAAGCGGUAAUGACCACCAUCAAGUGGAAGGGUGAGAAGUCUCGGGAUCUCAGGAGCCACUUCUGGAAGCAACUCAGAGUCUCGCUGCCCACCAGAGGGCAACGCCAGAUGACCAGGCCAACCAACACCAGGCUGCUCUAUAGACAACUUGACUUAGAACAGCCCAGCCCUGAGGCUUCACUCAAUCUGUCAGAUACCAACAACCAUGUCAGCCCCCAUGAAGGACCUGGCAACCUGGUGGUUACUCCUGUGGAGUCCAGGGUAGCUGAACCCCCAAUACUCUGCUGAACAUUAGCCCCACCUCUAUCAGUCUGGAGAAGUGUCCCGAUCGGAAACGUCGUCUCUCCGUGUUCUCCCGAGAUGCUGCCUGAGCCGCUGAGUUUUCUUUAGUUUUAGUUCAGAGAUGCAGCGUGGAACUAGGCCCUUCAGCCCACCGAGUCCAUGCCGACCAUCGAUCAGCCGUUCACACUAGUUCCAUGUUAUCCCAAUUUCUCAUCCACUCCCUGCACACUGGGGGCAAUUUACAAAGGGCCAAUUAACCUACAAACCUGCACGUCUUUGGAAUGUGGGAGGAAACCAUCGCAGUCAAAGGGAGAACAUGCAAACUCUGUACAGACAGCGCCUGGAGUCAGGAUCAAACCUGUGUCUCUGGCGCUAUGAGCUACAACUGUGACACUAUGCUGCCCCAUCACAAGCCAGUUUCAUGCCCCACCCCUUCCCCUCGCCUCCUUCAGCCAGCUAUCUGCUCCCUCUACACAGUCUGAAGAAGGGUCCCAAGCCGAGAUGUCAUUUGUCCAUUUCUCUCCACGGAUGUUGCCUGACCUGCUGCGUUCCUCCAGUCAUUUGUGUUUUGCUUUUGAGUCUUUUUUUGGAUUCUGUGCAUUUGAAACACUGGCCACACAGGCCGAGUAUGUGCAGGUUCCCCUCUGAAUGUAACCCUGUGAACCCACCCCAAGACUGGUUGGACCAUGGAACUGGAUAGCGCCCAAUGGUCCCGCAAGGCUCAAGGAACCGCGGUACCGGGACGGACCCACUGGAGACGUCAAGCACGAGGGGCAAGGGCCGGUAGGAGUCUGAACCGGGGUAAUGCCUCCAGCGCCAAGGUCAGCUGCAGGGGUUGGACAAAAUGAUGGCCGGGCGAGGAGAGGGACGUUGGUUGGCGGGCCGAUCUGGGUGAAGGCGACGUUGGAGGACUCUGCAGGAGCCUCGGGCUUACCUGGUUCAGGACCGUUCCAGUAGACCGAGCGUGCGGGCCGACCGGACUUUGGAAACGGCGCCAAAACAUGGCGGCGCCUGCAUGUGUAAAUAUGCAAACAGAAUUUAACUGUGCAAUUGCUCAUGUGACAAUAUUGUGUGGAUAUGCUGUAAAUAUUGUCCUUGACAAAAUAUUCAAUAUUACACCCACUGUGAAAUAUGGAGCACCAAGUCAUUUGAGAGUGUGCAGUUACAGUGAACCCUCAUUUUUAUAGACCUCUUUAUAACGGAUUGGGGUUACAGCAGACCUUGACUUCCAGGCUGGGCUGCCGAAGCCAUCCCUGGCCCAUUCGUUUCAAGUCUGAGGAGGGGUCCUAACCUGAAACGUCACCUAUCCAUGUUCUCCAGAGAUGCUGCCUGACCCGCUGAGUUACGCCAGCACUUUGUUUUUGCUCUAAAGGCUGAUUGGCCUGUUGCUGCUUUUUACGUUAAGGUUUAACAGGGUACAGUACAGCGCAGGAACAGGCCCUUCGGCCCCCAAUGUCCGGGCGGACCAUGAUGCCAAGUUAAACUAAUCUCCUCUGCCUGCACGUGAUCCAUAUCACUCCAUUCCCUGCAUAUCCAUGUGCCUAUCGAAAGCCCUCCUUAUCGCCACUAUCAUAUCUACCUCCACCACCUCACGUUCCAGGAACUCACCACCCUUGUGGAAAGAAACUGCAAGAGUCGAGAGUUUUUUAUUGUCACAUGUACCGAAACAGAACAAUGAAAUCCUUACUUGCAGCUGCACAACAGAUUUGUAAACACAUUCCACAAUGAAUGGACAUUGUGGGCCGAGGGGCCAGUUCCUGUGUUGUGUAGUUCGAUGUUCUUAUGGAAGGAGGAAAAUAACUUGCCCCACACAUCUCCUUUAAACUUUGCCCCUCUCACCUUAAAGCUAUGCCCUUGAAUCUUUGACAUUUACUUCCUGGGGGGAAAAAAGGUUCUGCCCCUCAUAACUUUAUAGUGCCUUCCCUCGCAGUGAAUUCUGCUGUGGGGGGACGUUUCAUGUUGAUUUCUAUAGUGUACUGUUCUGUGUCUUUUUUCUUUUUUUCUUUUUUCUCUUUUUUGUUUUGUAUGGAUAUAUUGACAUUUGAUCUGUUCAAUUAAUUUAAUCAAUCUCUGUAAAGCACUUUGGUUCAAAUACUGGUUUUGUUGAAAAGUGCUAUAUAAAUAAAGAUUAUUAUUAUUAUAUACUUCUGUCAGGUGUCCCCUCAACCUCCGGUGCUCCAGAGAAAAGAAUCCAAGUCUGUCCACCAGUUUGACAAUAGACAAUAGGUGCAGGAGUGCCCUUCGAGCCAGCGCUGCCAUUCAAUGUGAUCAUGGCUGACCAUCCCCAAUCAGUACCCCGUUCCUGCCUUCUCCCCAUAUCCACUGACUCUACUAACUUUAAGAGCCCUAUCUUGCUCUCUCUUGAAAGUACCCAGAGAACCAGCCUGAGGCAGAGAAUUCCACAGACUCACAACUCUUUGAAGAAGGAUCCCGACCUGAAACGUCACCUAUCCAUGUUCUCCAGAGAUGCUGGCCGACCUGCUGAGACCUGGGUUUGAUCCUGACUAGGGGUUUGUACAGAGUUUGUACGUUUUCCCUGUGACUGUAUGGGGUUUCUCUGGAUGCUGCAGUUUCCUCCCACACUCAAAAGAUUUGCAGGUUUGUCUGAAAAAGAGUUCCGACACAAAACGUCACCUUUUCUUUUUCUCAAAGGAAAAAACCUGACUCACUGAGUUACUCCAGCAUUUUGUAUCUAUCUUUGGUAUAAUCUGCAGUUCCUUACCACACAGUUUUGUAGGUUAAUUGGCUUGUGUAAAUUGUUAAUAUGUCCCUAGUCUGUAGGAUGGUGAUAGUUUAUGGGAUGACCGCAGGUCGGCAUGGACACAGUGGGUCGAAGGGCCUAUUUCAACAUUGCAUCUCUAAAGUCUAAUGUCUAGGUUGAAAUCUAUGCCUACAUGGAUUCGUGUCACCUUGUGGCCAAUGGACCAUGCCUGACAUCUGGUGGUCACAUUGCUAAUUGCACCUGAGCUAUUCCCAUGUUAACACUACAGACGGCUGAUGUUGGUAUCUAGACAGAGAAGCUUCACACUGCCAUCUUUAACACUCUUCCCAAAAUGUUCACUGGCAUGGACUGCCCCAUGCAUUGCAGCAUGCCAUGCUCUUAAUAUCAUAUGAGCACAACAGAAUGGGUCAUUCGAUUCUUCAAAAAUACCAUAAUAUUGACUCUGGUUAUAAUGUGAUCUCUGCCUCCCCACCCAUCGUCUGCUACCUUUAACCCCCUUGCUUCUCGAAAAUGCCUUCAAAAUAUUCAAAGAAAGGGUGGCAAGGGAGCAGAGAAGAUUUAUAAGGAUGUUGCCAGGACUCGAUGGCCUGAGGUAUAGGGAGAGGUUGAGCAGCCUAGGACUCUAUUCCUUGGAGCGCAGGAGGAUGAGGGGUGAUCUUAUAGAAGUGUACAAAAUUGUGAGAAAAAUAGAUUGCGUAGAUGGACAGAGUCUCUUGCUAAAAUUAGGGGAAUCGAGAAGCAGAGGACAGAAGUUUAAGAUGAAGGAGGAAAAGUUUAAUAAGAACCUGGGGAGUAACUUUUUCACACAAAGGGUGGUGGGUGUAUGGAACGAGCUGUCGGAAGAGGGAGUUAAGGCGGAUACUAUUGCAAAAUUUAAGAAACAUUUGGACAGGUACAUGGAUAGGAUAGACUUAGAGGGUUGUGGGCCAAAUGCAGCCAGGUGGGACUAGUGUAGAUGGGACAUGUUGGGCGGUGUGGGCAAGUUGGGCCAAAGGGCCUGUUUCCACACUGUAUGACUCUCUGCUUCCACCUUUCUGGGAAUGAGAAUUGAAAACUUCUUGGAUAGGAAAGGUUUAGAGAGAUAUGGGCCAAGCGCGGGCAAAUGGGACUGGCAUGUGGAGCAUCUUGGUCGGCAUGGAUAGGUUGGGCUGAAGGAUCUGUUUCCGUGCGAUGUGACUAUAUCUCUAUAAUGAAAAAUAGAUGCCCCUCUCUCUUAUAUGGAUGUCUUGCCCUUAAACAGCACUUCAUUGCAACAGACUGCUAUGGAGGCCAAGUCAUUGAGUAUUUUUAAGGAGGAGAUUGACAGGUUCUUGAUUCAGAAGGGUGUCGAAGGUUAUGCCAAGAAGGCAGAAGAAUGGGGUUGAGAGGGAAAGAUAGAUUAGUCGUGAUUGAAUGGCGGAGCAAACUGGAUGGGCCAAAUGGCCGAAUUCUGCUCCUAUGUCUUAUGGCAUUAUAGAACCCCUGGUUCAAGGUUCUCCAUAGGACUUCAGACUUUCAGAGAUAUAGCGCUGAAACACACCCUUCAACCCACCAAGUCCAUGCCAAUCAUGCAGCCAGAGGGUGGUGAAUCUGUGGAAUUCUUUGCCACAGAAGGCUGUGGAGGUCAAGUCAGUGGAUAUUUUUAAGGCAGAGAUAGAAGUGAUUAGUACAGGUCUCCGCGGUUAUGGUGAGAAGGCAGGAGAAUGGGGUUAGGAGGGAGAGAGAGAUCAGCCAUGAUAGAAUGGCAGAGUAGACUUGAUGGGCCGAAUGGCCUAAUUCUACUCCCAUUUCUUAUGGCCUUAUGACAUUAUAAGCGUCGAUCACCCGUACACUAGCACUAACCUACACACUAGGGACAAUUUAUAAUUUUACAGAAGCCAAUUAACCUACAAACAUGCACGUCUUUAGGAUGUGGAAGGAAACCGGAGCACCCAGAGAAAAUCACAGGGAGAACACGUGCAAACUUCAUACAGACAGCACCCAUAGUUAGUCUGGGGAGAGUGCAACUGAACAGGUGAUUUCUGACUGCAAGAACAAUUUCUUCCCAGCUCAGGCAACUGAACUGUUCUCGCUCCAACUAAACAGUGGUCCUGACCUCCCAUCUACCUAAUUGGAU